CAACGAAGAAGAAGAAGAAGCAAUAACAACGGAAAACCGCAGGCGCUGUAAUAGCUACAUAACAACAGCAGUCUUAAAUAAGUAGAGAAAGCUGGCCUGGUUAUGCUAAUUUCGUGUAAUUCAGUUCAGUAGCAGGAUCAAUUUCCAAGACAUUUACACGAUUGUUUUAACAUUCGUGACACAAAACCAAGACGUCGGUUCAGCUGUGGUCGUGUCAGUCCUGUUUUAUUUCCAGUGCUAGCUAGUGGCGUAUUAUAUAUUGGCUAGCCUUACAGCUAGCUUCAGUCAAUGCCACAUUUCAGAAACGACACACAAAACAAUCAGCUUACCUGUACUGUGGCGUGAAGGACACAACAUCAGUGGUUAUGGAGGUGGACGAGAUGGAGGCGAGAAUACCGGAGCUCCAGGAGUCUGACAAGAGGGUAGAAAACAAGAAAAAGAGAGAUGAAGAAAGAGAUGAUGAUGAAAAUAUGUCAGAUUUCCCAUGCAAGUCUGUUCCCUCCACAAAGGAAACUCCCAGCAAGGACACACAAUUGAAGGACGGUUCUGACCUUCUCAAUGUGCUAAAAAGAGCAGUUGUGGUCUUGACCCGUCUCCCUGAAUAUAAGAUCAGCGCUCUGCGACCACCAACGCCUCAGCAGUUCUACAGUGAAGAUGACUCCCUCAGCAGCUCUGAUUCUGACAUGCAGUGGGAACCAGAAGAUGAUUCUAGUGAUUCUGAAUUCUUGCUUUCACACAAUAAAAAGAAAACUGGAAAACACACUACUGCACCACACACGUGCAGGAUAAACAACAACAACCUCAAUGUGCCAGAACGAGCCCCUGUAAUAAUAUCAUCGGCUUUUGCCCAUUGCUCAAAUGAGACCACGAAAAUCCGUCCCAACUUGCCAGAAGAAGAGGUCAAAGUGGACAUGGUGGUCCUGGCCAGGAAGAGAUCCAUGAGAUGGCAACGUGGAAAAAUAUUGGACAUAGUAACAAGGGAAGAUGGACGGUUGAAGUACAAAGUUAGUUUUGAAGAAAAGGGGAAGAGCCUAGUUUCUGGCCACCACUUAGCUUUUGACACCACACCGAAGCUGGAGCAGCUGUAUGUUGGAGCUCGUGUGGUGGUCAAGUGUCAAGAUAACAAGUUUCGGUUCCGUCCUGGUGUUUUGGCCGAGCUCCCCAGCAGAAAGAACCGUUUAAGGUUCUUGGUCUAUUUGGAUGAUCACAUGCCGGUCUAUGUUGGUUUACCUUUAUUUCACCUGGUGUGCAGACCACUGGAAGAUGUCGUAGACGACAUUCCAGACGGUCCACACAAGUCUUUCAUGAGGCAAUACCUGAAGGACUGGCCCUACCCACAUUUAACCCAGUACAGGGCCGGACAGAGCCUUAACGUCGAAUUACAUGGAGCCCAGCAGAGGUGUGAGGUGCAACUGAUCGACUGCAGCCUGAUGCAGGUUGUUUUUCAGGAUAAUCAACACAAGGAGUGGAUCCAUCGAGGCUCCAUGCGACUUGAACACAUGGCUAGAUUUUUGGAAAUGAAAGGAGCGGAAGAGCACAAAAAUGAUUCAGACUAAUUUUCCACAGACACAGAAAUAAUUAGAAUGUGACUCUGGAAUCUAAAACGGUACAAAAAAACAUUAAUAAAAAAGAGAAAAACAGUUUCCAUUAUAUCCAUCAUUAUCACUCUGAAGUGAUGUGCAGUUGGAUUGUUUAGAGAAACAUUAACUGAACCAUUUCAGCCCACAUAUAAGAUUUGAAAAUUAUGAGAUGAGCCCACAUGAAUGACUCAAGAACGACAUUUGUUCCAAUCUGAUUUGCUUUGUUUUUUAUUGUUCAUAUUUUGUUGUACAUAUGUAAAGCUACUUAGUGAAAUAUUGCGCUGCUAACGAACAUUGUGCACCAUUAAAACAUAGCGAAAAAGUUUGUCCAGAAUUAUGAAUUUAUCUUAAGAACUGUUUGUAAUAUUUAGGGGAACUAUCCAACAUAGUUCUCCUACACGUUUGGCACAUUGGAGUUGUUUCACUGGUUGCAAUCUAGAUGUUAACAGAUCCUAAACACUGCAAAGUUCAAGCAAGAAAUUGUGCAUGUUGCAGACAAGAAAAUUAACUUCCUUUUGUAUUUGUUAUUUCACUUUUUAACAGAGUGACACUGAAACUGUUUAAGAGAGGUGUGAUAAGUUGUAGAAAGUAACAUAAAUUUACUCAAAUACUGUUCUUAACAAACAUUUUGUAUGAUUUGU